UAAGAUUUUUUUACGCCUGUCAGCGGAAGCCGCACAGAUGCGUGGGGUUAAUAGGAAAUGCGCAGUUGUCUCGCACUGUAUCAUUCAACGCGAUUAUCACUUUUUGUUUCAGUUUUCGGUCGAGGUGACGCCUGUGGCCCACAUCACUGUUCUUCCUGCCCCGGAGAGCAGCUGUUUAUCAAAAAAUUCACAUCUGACACCGAGUCAUGACAGAGGCACAAAAGUGGAGCGGAGCCGCAGAUGAGGCUGCUGAGGGGGCCGGAGGGGCUCGCACAUGCAGGACUUCAGGAGUCUGGCCGGAGCUGUCAGAACCACGCCUAUAGGGGCCCACAAUUGGUCCAGAAAGCGUAAAAUCAGCAAUCAAAGGGGCUUGGUUCAUUAGUGUUGGGGAUGGAGGCAGGAAGGACAUGUGAGAUAGUCACAGAUCUGCAGUGAACGGGGCCACAUCUCUCCAGUCAGUGUGGGAUGACUGAAGCAGAGAAACAGCUAAUAUCUCUGAGAGGCACACAGCGCAGCCGGGCUCUGCCUUCACAGCGCCGCUUCUACUGAAGGACUCGGCGGAGGGACCAAAAGGAAAAGCACAUCAACAGCAACUCUGGGCUAUUUUCUUCACUCUGAUUACGCGUUGUGUGUUUGACAAGGCGCUGCACUCUUCUGUGCCGUUUUACACAAAUUAACUGCUCGCGAAGUGCGGACCUAACGCUGGCUCUGGGUUUGGGGGGAAAUACCACUAAAAAUAUCCAUUAUUUCACUUCGGUUUUUGUGGAUGCACCGAUGAGAGAUCCAGUUUUUACAGGGACUGCAAUGGCUUAUCACCCUUUCCACGCACACCGGCCGACCGACUUCCCCAUGUCCGCCUUCCUAGCGGCAGCGCAGCCUUCCUUCUUCCCGGCGCUCAGCCUGCCUCCCGGGGCGCUCACCAAGCCCAUCACGGACCACGGCCUGGCCGGAGCGGCAGAGGCUGGGCUCCACCCGGCCCUCAGCCACCAUCAGGCGGCUCAUCUCCGCAGCAUGAAAAGCCUGGAGCCCGAGGAGGAAGUGGACGACGACCCCAAAGUUACACUGGAAGCCAAGGAUCUUUGGGACCAGUUUCAUAAACUCGGAACGGAGAUGGUUAUUACCAAGUCCGGAAGGAGGAUGUUCCCUCCGUUCAAAGUGCGGAUAAACGGGCUUGAUAAAAAAGCCAAAUACAUCCUGCUGAUGGACAUCGUGGCGGCAGACGACUGCCGCUACAAGUUCCACAACUCCCGCUGGAUGGUGGCGGGUAAGGCCGACCCGGAGAUGCCCAAGAGGAUGUAUAUCCACCCGGACAGCCCGGCCACCGGCGAGCAGUGGAUGGCCAAGCCUGUUGCUUUCCAUAAACUCAAACUGACCAACAACAUCUCAGACAAGCAUGGAUUUGUAAGUAAAACUAUCCUGAACUCCAUGCACAAGUACCAGCCCAGGUUCCACAUAGUGCGGGCCAACGACAUCCUGAAGCUCCCCUACAGCACCUUUAGGACCUACGUCUUCCCGGAGACCGAGUUCGUGGCUGUGACAGCCUAUCAGAACGACAAGAUAACGCAGCUGAAGAUUGACAACAACCCUUUUGCCAAGGGAUUCAGAGACACGGGGAACGGAAGGAGGGAGAAAAGUCUAUUGUUUUGCAGGAAGCAGCUGACCAUGCCGUCUCUGAGGAUGUUUGAGGACCAGUGCAAGGCGGACCGGGAGGGAGCGGACUCGGACGCCUCCUCAAGUGAUCCUCCGACCGGCAGAGACGCAGUCCACUCCCCGCUGGGAGCUGGUACCAGUCCUCUGAGGUUCAGCAGGCCCAGUCGAGAUGAGAAAACGUGCUCUGACAGUGAGCAGGAACAGGAGCAUCAGGACGAGCGCUGCACCGCCUCCAACAGCCCGGGACCCGAACCCAUGUCCCCCUACAGCUCCAGGUGUGAGGAGCGCAUAAGGGACAGGCCCAGCGCGGAAAAGAAGGACGACUCCGUAUUCAGUAUAAGGAACCUUGAGAAGGACAAAGCGGAGAGCAGGCACAGGAAGGACACCACAGAAGCGUUGACAAAGGACUCAGAGGCCGGGGGCAUCAGUGCUACUAAGGACUCCUACUCCCCUCUCAUGGUCCAGACCGAGAGUCCCUCGCACUUCAGCCCGGGCCACUUACAAAGCCUGGCUCUGUCUGGGCUGCACAGUCAGCAGUUCUUUAACCCACUAAACGCCGGAUCACCGCUGUUGUUUCACCCUGGGCAGUUUGCCAUGGCCCCCGGAGCCUUUUCUGCUAUGGGCAUGGGGCAUUUAUUGGCCUCUGUAUCCGGGGCAAGUGCUUUGGAAAACGGCAGCCUCUCCCAGGGCACGGGAGGAAACCCCAACCCCUUCCCCUUCCAUCUGUCCCAGCACAUGCUCGCCUCUCAGGGCAUCCCCAUGCCUCCAUUCGGUGGUCUGUUCCCCUACCCCUACACAUACAUGGCGGCAGCUGCAGCAGCAGCCUCAGCCUCAGCCCUCCCAGCAACCACCACAGCCAGCCAGCUCUCCAGGAACCCUUUCCUGGCCUCGUCCCGGCCCCGGCUCCGCUUCAACCCCUACCAGCUCCCCGUGUCUCUGCCUCAGACCUCCAGCCUGCUCGCCGCCGGCCUGGCCGGCAGUCUAAACCCCAGCUCUGAAUCCUCCAAACCAGGCAGCAGGGAGACCAGCCCGGCCCCGGAGCACCACAGUAACCACAAGUUGGGAGGCUCAAGCGGGAGGGUCACAUCUCCCAAAACCUCCAUGAAGGACUCAGUGAAUGAGCUUCAGAGCAUCCAGAGACUGGUGAGCGGCCUGGAGGGCCAGAGGGAGCCCUCCCCGGCUGCAGACUCUCCCAAGUGAUGAAGACUCUCUGUUUGGGAUGAAGACUUGGCUUGAAUACAUGAGGACUAUAAUGCAUAUGUCCUGUACAGCACAUUACAGAGACUGGGAUGAGGGUUUGACUGAUAUGGGUCAGUGAAGGCCGAUAACGGAUAUUUUUUGGAACAAAGUUACAGAUAGACAAGAUAAAAAAUGUCCAUAUAAUCAAACUUAAUCUCUUUAAAUUCACAAGUAUUGAUGGUUUCAUCCAGAGGUGACUUGUUUAACAGCAUGUAGCCUGUCAAACUAAAUUGGGGCCAUCAUCGGACACUAAAACUUCUCCCUGAGUCCCAGUGUUUUACUGUUAGCUGACUCCCUAACACACUCUGGGAUACAUUUUUUUUUAACAUUGGUGAAAUGAAAAAUGAACAAUUAAAUAAAUAAAAAAUAUUACGCAAAGAUAAAAAAUAUAUAUACAUAUUUUAGACAACAAAACACUCAAAUAAUGAUAUGAAUAUGAUUAAUAAAAAAAAAUGUUUUUGACCACUUCCGUUCCAGGACUUGUCAUAGAGAGAGAUAAAACGGAUUCACUCCAGUAGUAAAGAAUCAAACUUGACCAUAUCCUUUAUAUAUCAGAGGAGGACCACACAAGGCCAGUAUCGGCCCCAUAUAUCGGUCUAACCUGCCUGAGAGCCUGCAGCUCCACUGACUGAGCGGCGCACAGCGGACAGUGUGUGUGUGUGUGUGCUGAGUUAACUUGAAGCAUUUGAGCACCCAGGCCUGGUUUUCUUUUUUAUUAUUAUUAUUAUUAAAGCACCAAGCCCGAGCCCUAAACAAGGAGCCUCAUCACGCCGACAGGCAGGUCUCAAGCUGCAUCCAAAAAAAAAACUCUUUUUCCAGGCCGAUUAUUUUAAAAGGGAUGGAAGCUGAACGUUCCGUCUGCGAGACAGAGAGAGAGAGAAAGAGAGAGAGAGAAAGACAGAAAGAGAGAGGACCGCUUAUCAUUUCAUGCCAGAAAAUUGUUUUCUGAACUAUUUAUGUAAUUAAAAAUUAAAAAAUUGUGUAAAUAAAGCUAAGAUCCAAGAAUAUGCAAUUGGUAUUAAUUUAUUCAAGGCUGUAUAUUAGCGUGUAUAUAUUUCGAAUUUAACUCGUUGCUUUUUUUUUUUUUUCUCCUCCUCCUCCUCUCCCCCCAUUUUACAUAUACUGUACAUGAAAAGCUAUUUAGCGCUUGUUGGUUUGAAAAACUGUGUAUGAAGCAUCGCUGAUUUUUAGGAGACGUGUGUGCCAUGUUUUAGUCUGUCUGCAUCCACCGACAAAUACAGAGGAACCGAGAAAGAGAGAGAGAUAGAGAGAGAGAGAGAGAUGGAGAGAGAGAGAGAGAGGGAGAGAGAGAGAGCUCCACAUGGAUUCAAAAACACCUCAGGUUAUUUCACUCCAGUCAGGAGACAUUCAAAGCAAUUCCUCCUAUGGAUGCAUCAUUCAUAUCUAUUCAUAAAUAUAUUUAAAGAUGAAAGUAUCUUGUUUAUGCUGGUUGUCCGGGUAUUUUUUUUUUUGAUUGUCUCACAAUUUCAAUAAAAAAUCGUUGUGCUGAAAGCUUG